GAGCACCCGGCUGGGGGGCGAGCGGGCACCGCCGGCGGGUGGGCACCCGGACGUGAGCGUCGCCCCCCGGGACCGGCGCGUCUGCGGGAGCCGGAGCCCGAGCAUGGAGCCCCCCGUGCAGAUCUUCCGCGGAGACCCGCGCCCCAGCUGCCCCCCGGACGCCUGCGCGGCCCGCAACGCCAGCGACGGGGACGCCAACGGCACCGCGGGGCCCCGGAACGCGUCCCUGGAGCCCGCGCACGUCUCCGCGGCCAUCCCGGUCAUCAUCACGGCCGUGUACUCCGUGGUCUUCGUCGUGGGCCUGGUGGGCAACUCCCUGGUCAUGUUCGUCAUCAUCCGAUACACAAAGAUGAAAACGGCAACCAAUAUUUAUAUUUUUAACCUGGCUUUGGCUGAUGCUUUGGUCACUACCACCAUGCCCUUCCAGAGCACUGUCUACCUGAUGAAUUCCUGGCCCUUUGGGGAUGUGUUGUGCAAGAUCGUCAUUUCCAUUGAUUAUUACAACAUGUUCACCAGCAUAUUUACGUUGACCAUGAUGAGUGUGGACCGCUAUAUCGCUGUGUGCCAUCCUGUCAAAGCUCUGGACUUCCGGACCCCUCUGAAAGCCAAGAUCAUCAAUAUCUGUAUCUGGCUCUUGUCUUCAUCAGUUGGCAUCUCCGCCAUAGUUCUCGGAGGAACCAAAGUCAGAGAAGAUGUGGAUGUCAUUGAGUGCUCCUUGCAGUUCCCGGACGCCGACUAUUCCUGGUGGGACCUCUUCAUGAAGCUCUGUGUCUUCAUCUUCGCCUUCGUGAUCCCGGUCCUCAUCAUCAUCGUCUGCUACACCUUGAUGAUCCUGCGGCUGAAGAGCGUCCGGCUUCUUUCUGGCUCCCGAGAGAAAGAUCGCAACCUGCGUCGCAUCACCAGGCUGGUCCUGGUGGUCGUGGCCGUCUUCAUCAUCUGCUGGACCCCGAUCCACAUUUUCAUCCUGGUGGAGGCGCUGGGGAGCACGUCCCACAGCUCAGCGGCCCUCUCCAGCUAUUACUUCUGCAUUGCCUUGGGCUACACCAACAGCAGCUUGAACCCUAUCCUCUAUGCCUUUCUCGACGAGAACUUCAAGAGGUGUUUCCGAGACUUCUGCUUUCCCCUUAGGAUGAGGAUGGAGCGACAGACCACCACUAGAGUCAAAAACACAAUUCAGGAUCCUGCUUACACGAGGGAUGUUGAUGGGAUGAGUAAGCCAGUAUGACUAGUCGUGGAGAUGUCUUCUUACAGUUCUGCAGGAAGAGAAGAGUGCCCUGAUUUAGGCUUAACUCAGAUUACCACUGCAGUCUGAAACGGAGGGGAGGAUUCUAAACACUCUUUCAGAAAUCUGGUCU